AUGCCCAAGGACAUGUCAAACAAUCACAAACAUCCCUUGUCCCCUCUGCCUUCCGCACGCGGUCGAUUCACAUCUCAGCGCACUUGUACAACCAAUGCCAGAUAUUAUCUUGAUAUCCCCGAUCCUUUGUCUGGGGCUGGGGCACUCAACUCCCAGAUCACAGACUCUCAGUUCUUUCCGUUCGACGACCUGAACAGCCACGCCUUGCCUGACCGCACGAGCUUGGGAACGCACCGAGAUGUCGAAUUGGAGCAGAAGGAUGAGCGGGUCGUAGAUGUCAAACCAGAGCAGAAGGAUGAGCAGAUCAUUAAGACGCAGGAGACUGCGGUCCCCCAGCGAGUGCCUACAUUCAAAAAAUACAAUGUCGAUCUCACAAAGCAGCCCUGGGCUUUUGUGGAACUUUCGCCUUCCGAAAUCUAUGUUAUUGAGCGCUUUAGGCGGUAUCCCAUGGACGGUCACACGAUCAAGAGCCUACUGGAAGAGUGGCAGUUGUCUUUUGAUCGACUGAAGGGUCUAUAUCAUCAAAGUCGGAGCGAAAACGAACGACUCCGGGCGCGUCUACAAGAUAUCCAGAACUUGUCUUACAUUCAAAAAUGACAAUCUCUUUGAUUCUAC